UUUGAGUGAAGUAUGGAGAGUUUUGAUUUGUAGAAGAUGAGAAGGAGAGGGAAGGAUUUAAACUGUGAUUUAGGACAAGUGAGGGGUGUGAAGAAGGUGAGGAAGGACAAUAAAUUUCAGAACAUAAAAUCGAGAUUCUUGGCCUUUUUGAAGAAGAAAUAAGGGAUCGGGCUUGAAAAAGGUUACACCUGUGAAGAAUAUAUGCAAAGCUACCUCUUUAGAAAGAACCAAAAAAUUGGAGAAUGCUCAUAUUCCACAGAAAUCUCCUUUCUGCUUAAAGUUGUGGCAGAGUUUUUGACAAGACAUCAAACCAAAGAAACCAAAUAUGUUCUCAAAAGCCGUUGUAGAUAUGCUGCGUGGCUCUCAAGAGCUUGGAACUAAGUUUAAUCCCUAUUCGAAUGAUUUUGAUAAAUGUGAAGAAUACCUCAACUCUCCAAGACAUCCAAAGCCAAUUCUCAACCGAAGGAAACUCACUCAUAUACAAGAACGGGGCACCUAUACUAGUCUGGUAUCAAAAAGAGAGCGACAUUUUAACAGUAGACUUCGCUUUGAUUCAGAUAAAAAUAAUAACAAAGCUAUGAUGGAGCGUCCUGUUUUCAACAAAAGAGUUGGGAGCCUUAAGCAGUUGCAGUGUAGUUAUGUUACCCCAGAAGUCGACGUCAAAACUUCAAAUCUAAACCAGACAUUUUACGCUCCGCUUUGACUAAAGUCAUUGGCCAAGAGCAAGAAGUCUUCAUGCUCUAAUUCCAAACUUCUAUCAUUGUCUACAUCUCCAACACUGUCGAUUUCGAAAUCCCGGUUGAUCAAGAAAGACAGGUUUUCUAUAUAUAAGAUUAGAGCAAAGAAUCGUCAUAAUAAGAACAACUUUUUCUUUAAGACUUAA